UCCCCAACAGCCUCCUGUGCCCCCCCGGAAUAAAUCUCCACAGGGCUCUGUGUGUCGGCUGCUCCUGACGAAGAGUUCCAAGAGCUUCCUCCCACCCCUCCUGUUCUUCCCGAAGAUUUCGUCCAGGAAUGUGUUUGUUUACGGAAAGAAUGGGCAGAUAGUUACCAAACCCACCCUCUUCCUCCUCAAAGCCAACCUGUGGAGCCCCAAGAAUGGAAAUAGUUGAUGCCAGCUUCCUCGGGAACGCUACCAAUAUCACUGCUUUCCUCUGCGACAUCAUCUUGGAAAAUGACACUUUUUACUGCGUGGACGACCCACCUUACCCUUCUAAAGAUAUGCAUCAGAUAAUUCGGAUCCUGCUGUACUGUUUGAUAUUUCUGCUCAGCGUUUUGGGGAACAUCCUGGUCAUUACGGUGCUGAUAAGGAACAAGCGGAUGAGGACGGUCACCAACACCUUCCUGCUGUCGCUGGCGGUCAGCGACCUGAUGCUCUGUGUCUUCUGCAUGCCCUUCACCCUCAUCCCCAACCUGCUGAAAGACUUCAUUUUCGGCAGUGCUGUCUGCAAAACUGCCACUUAUUUCAUGGGUGUCUCUGUAAGCGUGUCUACAUUCAACCUGGUGGCCAUAUCUCUGGAGAGAUACAGUGCCAUUUGCAAACCGCUGCAGUCCCGGGUCUGGCAGACAAAAUCUCACGCCUUGAAAGUGAUUGCUGCGACCUGGUGUGUCUCCUUCACCAUCAUGUCACCCUACCCCAUCUACAGCAAGCUGGUCCCUUUCACCAAGUACAACAACACCACGGCAAACAUGUGCCGGCUCCUGUGGCCGAGCGAUGUCAUUCAGCAGUCCUGGUACACUUUCCUGCUGCUCAUACUCUUUCUUAUACCUGGGAUUAUAAUGAUGGUUGCUUAUGGUCUAAUUUCUUUGGAACUCUACAGAGGAAUAAAAUUUGAUGCCAGCCAGAAAAAAUCUUCACGAGAAAGAAAAAUAAGUACCUGCAGCGCCAAGUACGAGGAUGGAGAUGGAUGCUACCUCAACAAAACCAAGAGGAGGAAGAAAAUGCCGUUGCAGCAGCUCUCCGUCACCAGCCACAGCAAAAUAGAGAGGGUGAGAAGCAGCAGCUCCUCUGCCAACUUGGUGGCCAAGAAGCUGGUCAUCCGCAUGCUGAUGGUGAUAGUGGUUUUGUUUUUCCUCUGCUGGACUCCCAUCUUCAGCGUCAACGCCUGGCGCGCCUUCGACACCGCCUCGGCCGACCAGCGUCUCUCGGGGGCCCCCAUCUCCUUCAUCCACUUGUUGUCCUACACUUCGGCCUGCGUCAACCCCAUCAUCUACUGCUUCAUGAACAAGCGCUUCCGGGCGGGUUUCCUCGCCACUUUCACCUGCUGCGUGAAGCAAAAGCCCCCCGUCAUCCGGGGAGAGGGUGGUGAGGAAGAGGAGGGGAAGACAACACGGGCUUCGCUCUCCAAGUGUUCCUACACACACAUGAUCGCAUCCGCUCCCCCCUGAGCUGCGUCAGAAGAAGCCCCUUUCCGAGGCCUAACAGAAAUUCAAAUAUUUAUCAUCUUGGUCUUGGCAAGCGACUGUGGCAUCAGGAGAACAUGAUUUAGUUCUGAGGUAAUGAAACUCUUCAGCUGGCGGUGAAGCCAGCGAGGAUUUUAUGGGGGAGGGAUGCUAUCGCUGCCUGAGCUUUAUAUCACUUUCCCUUCCAAAGUACAAAGGAGGAAGAGGGCUCUUUGAAGA